GAAGAACGGAGUAACUCCUCAGGCCAAAAUGGGAAACGUGGGCCACGCUUGUUAAGAAGGAACAUAUAGAAACGGAGCCGUUUAAGAUGACUUUAAUGAAAAGUAGCUGGGUUAGUAGAGAGAAGAACGUGGAAGACGAUAUCAUAGAGAAUGAUAACUGAAAGAAAACCUGACAAAAUACCCGUGAUCGGAUUCAAUCUGUUUGGUUUGACGAGUACAAUCGAAUCGAAUCGAAUCGAAUCGAAACGGUUCUUUUCAACCUCUUAAUGAUUUUAAAACUGUCUGCUGCGAGUACUCAGAUAAUUGAAUACAAUUAGAUUUGCUUGCUAGCUGAUUAGGGAUAAUGAUAUAUCGCCGACAGACAAAAGUUUCAUCCACUUGUUCAUAUCAUUUCCGUUCAUUUUUUUGACUGAUUCAAUCUCCACAUCCUCUCUCUCUCUCUGGAGAAUCACUGAAUUGUGAUCAAAGUUUCUUAUAAAUAGUCGAUGUGUGAAAUAAAAGACAGGAAUGGCAGCAGCAGAAGCCAGGGCUGUAUGGCAAAGAACGGCUAAUCGCUGUUUUGUUCAAGAAGAUGCGAAAAGAGCUCCCAAGCUAGCUUGCUGCCAGUCAUCAUCUUCAUCAUCUAAGCAAUUGGAUGGAGGACCAACAAGUGCAGCAGAUAUGCCAGAUCAAUCUUCUGGAGGUUUCAUGCCUCUCAGAAGGUACCCCUCAUAUUCCAGUCUACCCCCUGAUACAAGGUGGUGGCUUCAACUGCAACCUAGUUAUGGUUACCAAAAAUGUUUUACACUUGAGCAGUUGAAUGCCUUAGAAGCUGAGUUGGAAAGCUUGAGAGCUGACAUUGUAGACUCACCUUCUAAAAGCAAGUUUUGCCAACAAGAUGACACAGACAGCAUUUUUGUGGAUGGCAGCAAGAAUAGCGAGUCUUCUCUUGAUUCAUGUUGUAUGAUCCCUGCUGAUUAUGUGAUGAAAGAUCAUGAUGUUAAGAAGCAAGAGCUAAAAGUUUUAUAUGACAAGGAUUUUCAAGAAUUUAAGAACUCCAAGUUGAUGGAGAUGGAACCUACCGGAUGGCCCAAAUCACAAAAGGACAGUGCGUAUGGUUUUGAUCCAGAAUCUGCUUGGAUUGGGGGUGAAAAGAACAUGCCAUGGUGGCGAGUGACGGAUAAAGAUGACUUGGCCUCCUUGGUUGCACAGAAGUCACUUGAUUACAUUACGAAUUGUGACCUCCCCCCACCUCAGAAGAUGAACAUCGGGAAAUACCCAUGUGCUCGCCCCGGAUCUUUUCAGCAUGAUAAUACACCGGCAUCAUCUUUGGAUUGGAAGGAACAAAGCGGUUGCAUCUCCUCUGCAACUGAUCCUGUACAGGGCUGUCCCAAAUUUGAAGGCAUGCCUGGAAAACAAAGGGCUUCAACUGACAGGUUAUCACAAAGUGAUUCUGACAAGGCAUGCAGUUUUACGAAAACCAAUAUGGAAACUGCAGAAAUUGGACUAGUUUCUCAGGGUGAUCCUUGCAAGGCUCAACUACUGGAAGCACUCCGUCACUCUCAGACACGUGCAAGGGAAGCUGAGAAGGUAGCAAAGCAAGCCUGUGCUGAGAAGGAGCAUACUAUCAAACUCUUCUUCAAACAAGCCUCUCAACUUUUUGCAUAUAAGCAGUGGUUCCAACUGUUGCAGCUCGAAACCCUUUACUACCAGAUGAAGAAUAGCGAUCAGCCCAUGUCUAAUAUCUUCCCUGUAGUUCUUCCAUGGAUUCCUCGGAAAGGUAGGAAACUGCGCAAGAGUUGGCAAAAGUCAUCCAAGGGUAAACGAGGAAAGCGAUGUCGUCCAAAGCAUGACAUUGGCACGUAUGCUGUUGCUUUUGCAUUAGGGUUGAGUCUUGUUGGUGCUGGAUUGCUGCUGGGAUGGACUGUGGGUUGGAUGCUGCCUUUCUAGAUCACCAGCCAAAAUUCUCACUUGUGAAAAAUUGAUUUACAAGGGAAAGUGAUUGCGUUACAUUUGCUUCCAUAUGUAAGUAGUUUUUUUUUUUUUUUUUUUUUUUUGUAUUUGUUUCUUCUUCUUGAUGUUACCUCUUGUAUAGAUGAUGUGAGGAGUUGUUCAUGUGUAUAUGUUGGGUUGAACGUGUUCUGGCACUAGAAGAUCUCAUCAAUUAUCUCUCUUGGUGAUCAUCUGUAUAUUCAAUUUAUCUAUAGCAACGAUUCGGCAGUAUUGCUGCUAUUUCCCUC